UUGCCUCUCAACGUCUCAACACUCAACAUGGUCCGCGCACUGUUCACCGUCAUGGUCCUGGCCCUCGUGGUCGCCUUCGCCGCCGCCGGUGGAUUCGGUGGAGGUGGAUUUGGUGGACACUCUGGUGGAUUUGGCGGUGGAAAAUCCGGUGGAUUCAGCGGCGGAGGAUUCAGAGGUGGAUUUGGAGGUGGACACAGAGGCUUCGGUGGAGGUUCCGGAGGAUUCGGAGGCGGACACGGAGGAUUCGGCCGUGGAUUUGGAGGAUAUGGAGGGUAAACCAUGACUUCGCACCAUCAUCUUAGCCACAGAAGACGGCAUUUUGUAUUUCGAUAAUAAAAUUGUUAUAAAAAUAAAUGCUUACUCUUUUCCUAAGAAUAAACAAAAUGAAGC